UCGAUUCUUCAAUUCAAUGGCGCCACCACCGGACCCUGACGCCGAAGCCGAAGCGGAAGCGCUGCGCCUCAAGGCCACGGCGGAGUCAAAGUUCAAAGCCACCAACAACGCCAAGUCCGCUCUCAAAUACGCCAAGCGCGCCCAGCGUCUCUGCCCGCACCUCGCCGGCGUGUCGGAGACCGUCACUUCCCUCACCGUCCUCGCCGCGCCGGACUGGUACCGAGUCCUCGGCGCGGAGCCCUUCGCCAACACCACCGUCAUUCGGAGGCAGUACAAGAAGCUCGCCCUGCUCCUCCACCCUGACAAGAACCCCCACGUGGCCUCCGAGGAAGCCUUCAAGCUCGUCGGCGAGGCCUUCCACCUCCUCUCCGACCGCGCUCGCCGCGGAGAGUACGACGCCGAGCUCCGCCGCAAGAUCGAGGCGGAGCGCGAUACCUUCUGGACCUCUUGCUCCACUUGCAGGCUUCUGCACCAGUUCGAGAGAAGGUACUUAGGUGAUGAAUUGGUUUGCCCUAGUUGUGAGAAGAGUUUUAGGGCUGUGGAAACGGUUCAGAGUGAUGGGGAUGGUAGGGUUAUGAGUAGGAGUAGGAGGUUGAAGGAGAUAGAUAAGAAGAAAAAUGAGGUGAAAGGGAAAGUGGGUAGUGAAAAAGGUAGUAAUGUAGUGGGGAAUGAGAAGGAAGGGAAGUUGAGGAAGAGAAUGCGUUCAGUUGGGGAGGUUUUGGAGAGGUCCAAACCUAGUAAGAGGGCUAAAACUGGGGAGGAGAUGAUGACAUUGGCCGAAUUUCAGAAUGAGGUGAAGAGGAAAAAGUUGAAGGAAAAGGAAAAGGAAAGGGAGGAGUUGGAGGAGGAGGACAGAAUUGAGAAGAGGAACAACCGUGCUGAGAGGCGGCGGAGAAUGAAAAACAAUGGAGGUUUAGAGGUUGGGGAAGAGAGGGGUUUGAAGAAGAGUGUGGAGAUUGCUAUUGAGGAGAAGAGAAAGGGGUUGGGGAUUGAGAAGCAUAAGGGUUGUAGUGGAGGGGAAUUGGAGAAUAUGGCGGUGGUGGAUUCUGAUUUUUAUGAUUUUGACAAGGAUAGAGUGGAGAGAAGCUUUAAGAAAGGUCAAGUGUGGGCGGUGUAUGAAGAUGACGAUGGAAUGGCCAGGCAGUAUGUCUUAAUUGAUGAAACUGUUUCAGUGAAUCCUUUUGAAGUGAAAAUAAGUUGGUUGGAUGUACAGAGCAGUGGGGAUGGGAAGAUAGCUAGUAGGGAGAGGAUGAGGCUUCAUGUGCCUUGUGGGAUAUUUAAGGUUGCCAGGAAGGCUUCUGUAAAUCUAGUAAAUAUCUUUUCUCAUGUUGUGGAUUGUGAUAGGGCAGCACGUGAGGUUUACAAAAUUUACCCCAAGAAGGGCUCGGUAUGGGCGCUUUAUGGCGAGGAAAGUAUUGAUGCAGAUGGAAGGAAUGCUGAGAAUGCGGGCAAGAGAUGCUAUGAGAUUGUUGUAUUCUUGACAAGUUACAGUGAGGUGAAUGGUCUGAGCAUGGCGUAUCUUGAGAAGGUUGAUGGUUACAAGACAGUAUUUAAGAGACAAGAGAAGGGGUGUAGUGCUGUUAGAUUUCUUGGAAAGGAUGACAUGUGGUUAGUUUCUCAUCAGAUCCCUGCGCGGAAGUUACUUUGUGAUGAAACUCCCGAACUGUUGAAAGACUGUUGGGAACUUGAUCCUGCUUCUCUUCCUUCAGAUUUACUUACUAUUGAUGGCAUAGACAAUUGAGGUUAGGUAAUCUUUUUAGUGAUUAGACUGAAUUUUGAAAGACUAUUUGGGAGUUGAUUGUUGGUGACUUCAUAUAUGCUAACUAUCGGGUGGCUUAAAUAGAUGACCUUGAAACUUUUGUACAAUACAUAUAAUGAUAUUAGGAAACCUGCCUGUUUUGUAUAGCUUGAAAUUUUUUAGUUUUGUAGAUUAAGGAGACAUUCAUGAAUUACUUUAUGUUCUGCUGGAUUAAACUGUGCACCAGCAGUAGCACUAUAAUCUAGUUAAUAUGGCAAAGUCAUGCUGAUGCUUUAUUCAAUUUUUUGCUAGAGUGUUUCAUUAGGUCUUCUUUAUGACAUUUUAUCAUUUGUAAAUAAUCUAAACUUGAUUGGAACUCUUAUCAGUAAAAUGUAUACUUUUCAUAUUUAUGUAGUCCUAUAUGAAAGUAACGAAGAAGAAACAAGAAUAGCUGAAAGAUAGCUCCCAGGCCACAGAGAAUAUUCCCUUGGCUCCCAAAACUAACAAUUAUUGAUGCAUUCUCUCUCCUCUCUUCACAUAUUUGACCUCUCCUCUCUUCACAUAUUUGACCUCUCCUCUCUUCAUAUAUUUGACCUCUCCUCCCUCUCUCUAUAACUAAUUUGCCUUCAUUAUUAUUUCCCACCUGGAACUCUGUGCAGUUUCUUGGACCUUUGGAUGUGUGCCCGUAAUGGUUUCUCUGUUGAAGCCUGUUGUUGGUUCCUAAGAAAACUUGUAUAUUCUUUUGCAGUUUUGCCCCUAUCAUCAGUAGUGAGAUGCAUGUGUAACUUAAUCACAGGUUAGCAAGUUAAUUGUACCAAAUUGUAUUAAAAUAAUGGUUUAGUGAGUUUUUUUAAAUGCUUUAUGAAAAAGUACACACAAGGGUCCAGGAUCAAUCUAGUCAUUUCAAUUUUAUAUUCUGUUUCUUCUUCAA